CAGGGAAGCAGUAACCAUCUCCGGGAGCUUACAAUAAAAUGUCGCUUCUCAUUCUGAGCCAUUUUAGUGCAAAUUAAUUCUCCCUAAAUGUGAGCUUUUGCAGCCAGCCAGCUUUCCAUAAUCCAUCCAUCAACCUCGGCAACCAUCGUCAUAAGGGCAACUGUUGGAAACGGUUGCUUCAAGCAUCAUGGCCGCUGCCAGUGACACCACAAAUCCAAUGGACGAAGGAUUGCAAGACCUGGGGGUGCCAGUGCCGGUUCAAACGUUUCUCUGGCAACAGAUAGCCCCGUUUAUCCGGCCCAAGCUAGGCAAGCUACAUGAAGCUAGCUGUAUGUAUUGUCAACAUGCACCUGGACAUCAUGAACUGAAAGAGGCGUGUAAGUCAUUCGAGAAGUCACUGGUGCAGAACAUGUUCUACGGGCUAUCGCCAUCGCUUGAAUCGGCACUGAAAUCAAUUCCCCGCUGGAGACUGGUCCAGGCCGCUUUACCGCACGUCAUGCACUGUGCCGGUGCACUCAUGCACAAUCGCGUUAAGGAUUUACAACCGUUGGGAGCAGCCGAGACGAAAAUUCUUUAUACGCUCCAUUGGAUUUUACUGUUUGCCGCAGAAGAAUGUGCCGACGACGAUUUGGAAGCAAACAAGGAGGUCAAAAGCAAACAAAUUUAUCUGUUCUCUAUCCCCACUAUUUCGUUAUUCGUUUAUUUAUUUGCUCCUAUCGCCCAUAUGCUGAAAGAAUCCGACUUCCAAAACAUUCGGCUUGAGAAUGGCCUGAAAAUGUGGCAAGGAAUGUGGGAAUAUCGUGCGCCAAAUGCACCCUGUUUCACUGCACCUGUAAAACCUAAGGCUCGAAAUUUUCUCAACUCUGUGAGCACCACACCGUCAGUGGAAGUAUUUUCUCCAAAAAAACCGGAAUCCGCACAUCAAGGAAUCGAUUCCCCACCCAGCAUCUCAUUCUCCGAAACCCCGAAACAUGAGGACGAACUGUCCUACAUAUCAUCGCCAAAAGAUUCCGUGUUUCCCGAAACCAUCCCCGAGGAGGCAUCCAGUGUCGAAGAGGAACGAGUUGUCAUAUUUCAACUGCCUGUCGGCGGUAAUUUGGCAGAUUCGUCGUUCUACACCGCAGAUGCUAGUCUGCUACAUCAAUCCACUAGUCGAAAGGGUGCCAAAGCUAUGCCACUAGGCGCAAGAGAACGACCGGACAAAAUUGCCACUAAAUUCGAUUUCGACCGCAUCGAUACGUACAGCCGAGGCGACGACUCCAAGCCCAAAACAAGUUCUUCCACUGAGCGAGAGUCACUCGAGACUGAUCCGAAAUCACCACAAUGUCCAAAGGGAGACGUUGCGGCAGCUACAUUUCUUGAUGUAGCCGUACUGCGAUGUUUGUUUAUAUCCCACUGGCAAGAGGAUGGAGUUUAUUGGAGCUUACACUACUUGAACAACAGACUACGAGAUAUUAGCGAGGAAACAUCAAUACCACCUUCGCAGCCAAGACGGCGAUCCAACUCACUGCCGAUCCCUCAGAUAGAAAUUUCGUUAUACCAAGGGCCAAACAGUAGCAACCGCGAUAGCCCUAGCACGGGAUCGAUCAACAAAGACUACAUAGAGGUACCUGAACCACCGAUCAGUUCACUUCUCAUCGACUCACCUUAUCAUGAGACGAAGCCGUCCAACGACGAACAAAGUACCCCAACAGCGGAACGUAAAGGAAGCGAGAAGAAACGACGUGUUAAAAUGGCCGACUUACGAACACUGAUUGAGACGCGAAUUCUGUCCAAGUCCGACCGAGGACUGGAGAAAAUUGGACUCGACGUUACACCUAAUGGGAAACGACUACAACAUUUGGAUUCUCAUCGCAGCUUAGAUACCGGAGAAAAACAACUUUCUAGGUCUGCAUCUAUGAUCUCUCGGGCUUCUUCAACAAACCUUGUCAAAGGAAAAAGCAUGCCCAGUCUGAGCUGUCUUCUAGAUAGCGGAUUCCACAGGUACGUCGAACCUCCGAAGGUUAUAAGAAAUCCACCGCCACCGGUCAAUCCACGUCCUGUUCAACCAACAUCGCGUUACCCAAUCAUCACCGUUACCGAACAUACACCGACGCCGUCACCGGAUUAUCUCAAACGACAGGGAUCGAUAGAUUCUCAGUUGGAUGCGCUUAGCAUCGGAGGUAGCACAGGAGUUUUCAAGAGCCAAAUGCUAAGAUCCCACACCGAUUCACAUAUAGGUUAUAACAGCGGAGCAGAUGAGACCGAAGCGCCGGGCUCGAGUUUCUACAUCACCAAGGAGGGCGGAAUUGAUUACGAAAUUGUGCUCCUUGCGGUGCACUGUGUCUUCAAGCGGGACUCAAACAUUUGCACUUUACGAGUGCUAGAAACGGGGCUGAAUAUAUGUGAACUAUUGUUGGAUUUGGGCGUGCUGAAACUGGGUGAACAUGCCCACACGUUGGCAAUGGGUAUCGUGAAGCGUGCCCUGCUACAUCUAGGGUGUCCCCAUGGCUGCAACGAUGGAAACCGCGUGCCACCUGCCGAGGUUCUUCGCACCACGUGUCACUCUAUUCUAUCGCGCCUUCUACGGCAGGCACCGAAACUAUCGAAAGCUUAUCUUCGGAGCAUGAUAAGGACGACACAGCUGCACGAGCUAAUUGAAUUUUUCCAUGCCUUCGUUGGCUUUUGUGUGGAUCCCAGCUCGCUACUUUCACCGCUGAACCAUAAGAGACCAUCUGCCAUAAAAACGCUGACUCCUGAUUUUGGCGGUAUAUCAGGCGGACAGGGUGGAUAUGCUACCAAUUUUGGAAGUGGCCUCAGUGGCGGAGCCGAAAGUCAGGUGAUUGCUGCCGUGUUCAAAACAUUGGUCAGCCGCUUUGUAGACGCCUUGAAGGACCUGAAAAGUCAAGAAAACAUUGCUCUUUACUGUGAUGUACGUCAACUGGUGACGUACGUAAAGGGCGCCCAUGGAGGUCCAUUUAGGCGUGUGGCGUUGAGCGGUAUAUUGGCAGUCACACCCAGGCCUCAUAAGCAGGCACCGAAUAUGCAGACGACAAGGGUCAUCAGGCACAUUCCUGCCAAUGACGCCCAGACGUUUCAACAGGAUGACAAAAACCAACGGAAACUGGUGUUCAAAAAGAAAAGCACAUCCUCAACGUGUGCAUUUGUACCACUAUUGUUGCAGAGUUUACUAGAGACAGAGGGCUUGGAAGAACACUGCCGAGCAAGUCAAAGCCCUUUGAGUAAUUAUCGUCGAAAAGGUUUGCCGACAAGACCCACGCUAACGCCAAGGCAUAGCGAGAGAGCACUUCUCUCGGACUCGACGUCAAGUUCCGAAAGAAACUCGGUUGGCAGAAUCAGUGGCAUAGUGCGCUGGUUCCGCGGAUCCAAAGAUCGAGAGUCCAUAGAUUUGGAAUCUGGCCCAAUGGGCAGCAGUACUGAAAUACAAACUUCAUUCAUGAGAAAGGGAUCCCUUACUUUCCAAGCUAGGACCCGCGCUGCCGACGGAAUUGGGAAAUCCAUCCAGCGUGCUCGGAAGCGGGUAGAACGUAGACUCGGAAGAUUCGGUCUCGGUAAAGGGAAGAAGAAAAUGGGAGGAACCGAAGAUGUCUCAGGAGGAUACUUUAGUCAUCGACCGUCGCUCGAUAUGGGCGAAGGACCGCGCGAAUCCGAAGUCGUGGUUUUGAAAGAACGCCGCCUCAUUCCGAUAGAUCCUGUCAGGGAAGGAAUGGCACGGUUUUCGUUUCUGUUGGAAACUUGUGCUCCAGGGUCCAUACCUGAUCCCCCAUUGAUUGCCGCUGUACUUGAUCUUCCACAAUCGCCAAUUGUCACACGUGCUGCUUUACUCAUGGAAUGCGCCCAUUUCGUACAUUUAUGCAAUCGAGGUCAGUGGCCCAGUUGGAUGAAACAGAACAUCCCUUCAUUUAGGCCUUCGGGUCCAGCGCUUGGAAACAGGACGUCUCUGGCGGCUGGAGCAAGACGUAUCCAUAUCCUACAGAGAGCAGCCGGCAAAAUGUUUCAUCAGUGGGGAGAAGCACUCGGUUUCCGUUUGGAUGAUAUGUUGAACAACGAAAAGAAGUUGCACGAGCAGGUUAACGUAAAUCUUGCAGAUCCAGAAAAGCAGAAGCAGCUCUUGCAGCAGGACGAAGAAGAAGAUUUUCUGGACGAAAUGAGUGUUAAUCCACAUGGAAACGAUUGUCCACCUGCACUGAAACUGGUGGCAUGCAUGCUACUACUGGAAAUAACCGGAUUUCUUCGAGAAACGUAUCAAACUCUUCCUAAAACUUCCAGACUAUCCACAAAAGAGAAACAAGUCCCAUGGGAUAAGGUUUGUCGUGAAACCAACCGUCGGUGGUCGAUGGCUCUAAGUUCAAUGGGUCAUUCUCAAACAUCUGCCCAAAGUCUACAAUCGAUCGCAGGACAAACUGAGCGAAAGAUCUCAUUCGUCCUGCAGGAACCAGACAACGAAUCAGAGGGAAGUAGCAACACCACUCUUACAAUACAAGGCGAAGAAGUUAUACAACAAGCCCAAAAGCGUUCCAUUACUACCACGAGAAACUUCCUCUUGAGACGUGGAACAUCCACAACACCUGCCGGUGGUUCCUUCAAACGAAGGUCGUUGAAGUUGCGGCGUGCACCCAAGGAUUUGAAGGAUAAUGACGAUUAUCCUGUGAAACGAACCGAUUCGAUACAAUCUCGGAGGAAAGUAUCUUCACUGUCCGAUCGCAGCGACAAUUCGGAACCGGGUCAGAUCAGCGGUGGAGAAGAAUCGCCCGGCAUUUUAAGUGACGAUCAACCGCCGGAGUCGCCUUGUGAUUCGAACGAUUCCGACGAGACGGCCAAAAACUUACCUUGGCUGCGGACGGUGAUUGCAUUUCUGAACUCAUUCAACUACUACUGUGACCAUCAAAACUUCUGCCAUCCUUACUGCUAUCGACGGCACAUGCGAGCAGCCACAAGAUUGGUGAAGGCCGUAAGAAAAGUCUAUGGAGAAGAAUUUGGAUUGAUCCCAAUGGCAUUUACUCACGUUACGGAAUCGGGUAAAAAUAGUGCACGUAGAGAUCGAACCAAACAAGGCCGAAAGGUAUCCGACCAAAGUUCUUCGCAGACAUCACCAUCGCGAAGAAAGGACAGCAUCAGCAAACGCGAUAGACUAAUUCAGGAUGAUUCAGAGCCAAACACUUCCCAGUACUCGCAACGCACCGACGAAAGCAAGAAAUCUCAAGAAACCCCGUUGGUCAUGAAGUAUAUCAAAAACCAUGUUAGAGACAUGUUCCACGUCCCAAUUGGCACCCUUGUAAAAGGAGCAUCCGUACUAACAGAGGAACAAUUCGUGGAAGUCAUACCGGUGGCAUGGGAGCUUCUGCUGGAGUCCAAUCAAGAAGUGUCUGCCGCUUCGGCCGCCCUUUUCAUAUUGGCUUCAGUCAAAGCACCAACCACAGCAUCAGAAGUGAUGCAGCGUGCCAUGAAACAUAAGAACCCGAACGUGCGUGUAGAAGCCAUGCUUCGAUAUCAAGUGCUGUGGAAAAAUCGCUUCCAGGUGUGGCCAAGAAUGGAGGAAGGAGCUCAUUUAACUUUUAAAAUUCCGCCUCCCGGUAUCGAGUUUACGCUUCCGUCGCCAAAAAUUGGCAUUGAAAGUUUGCCAGUGGUUGAUCCCCCUUGGAGUCCUCGCCAGCAGAACAAAGACAUGGAAGUGACACUGAACCAAGAACGACAUCGAUCUCUUGUGACGGCGACGAAAACGCGCAAAAAGCAACAAACGGAAGCCAUUCGCCAUGCGAUCCAGCAGCAGGAGGACAAACAGCGCUCCGAGCGGCAGAGCUUCCUCAUCACCACCAUCCCGAUAACGCAGCAGGCAGCAUACGAGCCAGGCCUCGAUCAUGGCCCUGGCGAAGAUCACAUGGAAGAGGAAGAGGAUGGCGCCCGAUCAGCGAUCCAUAUGCACGCCGCCCACUCUGUCUUCCCCUCGUGUUUGUGUUCUUCGGUAAUGCAAAUUGUGGCCUGCCUCGAUGAUGCCGCUGUGAAUGCCGAUGGUCAGGCCGUUUACGAAACGGCUUACCAGGUGAUUUGGAUAUGCUUGGUGGAGGAUUCUGCGCUGUUUUUGCGAUAUGUCCUGGAAAGAUUGACCAGAGAUCACCAAGAUCAAAUGUUUAAACUUUUGAGACAUUUGAUACGGUUCGUGCCAAGAUUGCCGCAGCAAGCAGCGUUCGCAUUGUAUAAUUAUAUUAUUGGAUAUGUUAUGUUCUAUGUACGAUCCACGCAUGAAUGCAGUCAGCAGUUGGUUGGAUCUGCUUUAUCCGUUUUGUGGAUGGUAGUCCACAGUGUGCACGGCAUCAUGUUCAAGGACUUGAAACAGAUUCUGCGAAAAGAACAAUGUGAUGCCUCAAUACUUCUCACCGCCAAUGUACCGUCCGCCAAAAAGAUCAUCGUCCACGGACCAGAAGAUGAAGGAGGCAUCCCUUCUCAGUUUCCAGUUCAAGAGGACACUCAGUUCACCCAGCUGCUAACAGAGUCACUGGAUUACUUCGGCAUCGACGAGAAAAAGCUCAAUCAAUUCGUACUGGUCGACUACAAGACACAACAGAUACUGAACCCCAACUGGUACGUGCGGGAUUGGUACUUUUUCAAGCGAUCCCAGUACCCGCAGCUGAAGUUGAUCGAAAUGAAACCGGAAGAGGCUUUCAACGCAUUGCAGAAGCAAGAGUUGUUCAAGAAGUUUGUGGAAAUAGGCAAAGUACACUUAACGUGGGCCAUUUUGAAAAACGUUGACAUGGUCGUGCAGCGUGUGGUGUUUCUACAUGAAGAACUAAUGAAGCUUCCAUCGUUCCCCAGAAAGGCCCUGGAAGUCGAUUUGGACCUGCACCAGGGAGGAGAGUUCGGAAAAGUACUGCUUGGGCUGGAUGUGCUGCACAAGUUCAUGUGGGUUCGAUUAAUUGCUAGAAUGUUCGAGGCGAUGGCUGGGAACUUUGCUUACUCUGCUGAUAUCCAGUUGUUCCUGAAUGUACUUUCUGGAGCAGCGCUACUCCAUUCUGAGGAUUCAUGCAUCAUGCGAUAUGUUACGGCCACCUUCAUCAAUGCAGCUUUCAAUUUUAAGAACAUUUUUUCAACGAAUGGAUAUUUCAUGAUAAUGCCCACACUUCUGCAGGUCUACUCAUUACAUCAAACCAACAAACUAGUAACGACCACAAUAGAAUAUGCAGUGAAGCAAUUUUAUCUACUGAACAGAAAGCCAUUUAUUCUUCAAAUGUUCGGUUCAGUGUCGGCUAUUCUCGACACGGAUGAAGAUGGCGCGUAUGGCGAAGCACAUAAAGUCCAGUCCAGUUGUUUGUUCAACUUGUUGCUGAGUCUGGAAACACCUUCACCUGAUCCGUUGAACAUUGCGGAAUUAGUGAAGGAACCGAAACCGUUGAAAGCAAUCGACUUUUGCUACCACGAUGAAGAUGAAAUGGUCACCGUUUUGGAUUGUAUAACUCUGUGUGUUAUGGUUGUGUCGUAUUCCGCUGAGAGCACUCGAGGCUAUCAGAUGUUGAUCAUUUUGGAAGCUAUCCUACCAUGCUAUAUGCAACAAAUCCAAUCACCAAGCUACGUACCGCUGGAGGGAAAAUGCGAAAGAGACAUCAUUCUGCAAUUAGCAGUCGCAAUUCGAACUAUGGUGCACAAUUGCGAAGGACUUUCGAAAAGCUACAACGGCCCUUUCCGCAAUAGCCCGGAACAUAAGGGAUCGAGUCAGAGAAACUGCUCUCGAGGGCCACCUUGCUCGCCUGGUUUGGACUUUGAGGAAGAUUCACAUUCUAAGUAUGUCAGCGAUGUAGGUCGCACCAAGAUUCUGAACGAGUCGGUUGAGGAUUCGGAAACUAUUAGGGCAGAAUACCGUAGACCACGCGAUGUUUUGCUGUCCGUGGUAGGGGAAUUUAUAACCCGAUCAACUGCUCGGCUGAACGAACUUUCACGGAAACAAGGAGAAAGCAAACCUGUAGAACUGCUCGAUGUCAAAUGUCACGUUCGCCUGGCUGAAAUUGCCCACUCGCUGCUUAAAGUUUCGCCAUACGAUCCGGAAUCGAUGGCCUGUCGCGGACUACAGCGUUACAUGCUGUGCAUCUUUCCUAGAGCAGAAUGGGCUGACGAUCAUGGGAUGAAGCCAACUUUGGUCACCAUUCUACGCAGGUUGGAUAAGGUAUUUCUAAAAAUAUCGAAGAAAACCUCAGUGAGACGCAACACUGAUUGGGAAGCUGCCGCAGGACUACUGAAAGGAGUGUACGAAUCCAUUGUUCGCUAUCCGCAUGUGCUACAUUGGCGAGAAAUGAAGUCUCUCCUAACAACCAUUCAGAAUCUCAUCGUCAACGAACCGGGAAACUUCCCGGAGGGAGUGUCGAGUGCCGGAGCCGCUCUUAUGUCCAAGAGUCCUCCGCCGUUCUUUUGCUCUCAAGUUGUGCGCUUGGUUGCACUUCAGGUUGUCAGCCCGGUAGAUUCGGUAACCCUUGGAUUAGAGCAAAUUUGUGGUGGAAACGCUGAGUUUCCUACCCAAGAGAAGGCUGAAGCAUUUUUGAUGCAUCUGUUGAUGCCUCUGUGCCUCAAAGUAUGCAGUGGACGCAGCAUUUCCGAUAUUGGCGAACUGAAACAGUCGGACAUAUCAUUUUUGGUUACGGCAGUGCUCAACGCUAUGAGCCCUGUGGCCGGAAGAACUGCUCAGAUCGGUGCCCAAAGCAAUCGAACCGGGGCAGAUAUCCGUGCUGGUUCCUUGACGUUCACGGGAAGUCGUGAUGCCAAGCGACCAGCGAAGAUAUCCAAUUCCCUUUACCAGGCUACCUUUUUAGCUUUGCGUGUUUUGUGUAUUUCAUUUGAGUCCAGGCUCUCCCAUGAAUGGCCACGUAUCGUUCGAGUAAUGCGCGAUUUAGGACGGCGCAACGAAGCAGCUCCAGAACUAUGGAGCUUCUUGGAGUUUGUCGUUACUCAAAGAACGCCACUUUACAUUGUACUGAUGCCCUUUAUAUUACACAAGAUCUCCCAACCCCCUAUUGGUGAUCACGAGAGGCAUAUGCAAUUUUUGAUUAGAGAACGUAUGAGAGGAAUGGCAGCCCCAGGAGGAGUGAAAUCUAGAGGCGCUAUAUUGUUGGAGUUGGCUAGAGAAAUCAGAGAUCUGCGUGACGAGCUCGAAGAGAAGCGUUACGAUCGAGACCCAGUACCACAAGAAAUACCCCGUCGAGAAACGUCAAACGUUCCCAUUCCCCAAGAGCAACCAAAACAUCAGCAACGUCCGUCGUUGAUAUCCAUGUUUACCGGCGGGCCUCAAGCACCGAGUUUUUCGUCGUUCCAGCAAGAUUCUCGCAGUGGAACCGGGAUGUGUACUCCAAGCGACACGCUUUCUCAACAAACCUUGCAUGCUCCAAGAGGAGAGUCACUAUCCAGCUCCACUACCACCACCAACAAGGAUAUCAUGAUGGCCGACAAUCAAAGCGGUGAUGGAAUCACACUGACGCCUGGGAUUGUACCAGAAGGAUCCGUAAUUCGUCAAGUUCCUUUGUCAAGCAUUUUGACUGAAGCAGGUGCCGUCCCAUUACUAACUCAUUCAGUAUCCAUGCAACCGUCUAGUAAGGUUCAGCCCCCGAAACUGCGUUUUGUUUCUUCAGUUGAGUUCAAAACGUCGUCUGGUGAAACCUCCACAACACCGCUGUCACCGGACAGUUUGGCCGACGAAAGUUCUGGAGAUAAUCAGAAACAUCGUUUACAGCGUUCUCGAGCUCAAAGUCGCAAGACGUUCCGCUGUCGCCGGGGAACAACGCGUAGUAACAAUCACGGAACGGAACCACAGCAAACUCCAUCGGUGUCGUCGGUGGUAGGCGGACACAUUCCGCACACCGUUCCGCCGGGAGAACAACAAGAAAUCAUAAACAAAAAUAUCGCCGCUAUCGGAGAUCUCUCUUGGGAUUCCGUCUCGCAAACGUCGUCCACUUCCGGAUACCGUGACAAUUACAGUCUGCAAACAGGGCUGCUUUCACCGGACGGUUCCUUCACUGGGACCGCCCUCGGUGGCCGUUCGUCCUCACAGCAUUCACUGCUGAUGCUGUUCGAAACGCAGGACGAAGAUACGUUGAUUUAAAAACAUUUUAUAUGCAUAUUGCGACCGUUGAGUGUGUUUUAACGAUUUUAAUGCCGAUUUUAAAUUAUAUAACAAGCAUCGUUAGUUGUUAAAAUAGUGAAUAAAAAAAGAAUUGAUGGAAAUAAUUGCGUUCAGUGAUGUCCGUUCCAGUUGCGGGUUUCUAAACGUAUUAGAAUAAAACAAUUCAGUUGAUUUUGUCCAUCGGGGCAAAGUUCUUGCUCUAUUGUAGGUUAAAAUGUACCCUAGUUCCUAGUUUCUGCAAACGACUGCGGCUUAUUCCGUUCACACCUGAUUGAAUUAGAGUUACUUGACAGUACCUUAUUUGUUGUUUGUGCCAAAUCAUUCUUGGUCAGUUCACUGUAAUUGACAAUAUUGCGUUGUUCGCUGCUCCAUUAUUGCUUCAAAUUAUUUUUUUAUUCUUAAAAAAACUCGCGCCGCUGGGAUGUACCUAACAGAUAAACGGUUGGCAAUUCACUUUGGUUUAUUUUUUAACAGCAAGUAAAUUAUUUUUUGAUCGCACUCUUUUUUUUGUUAUAUGUAUUUAGAUUACUUUUUCCAAAUGAAAGGGAAUAGAAAGAAUGGAGGCGACUGCUUAUAAGUUAGAAGAAAUUAAACUGCGUUGGCAGAUUUCAGUCUAUUAUUGUCAGAGGGUUUUUUGAUUGAUCAACCUUAGAGAAAUUCUUUGCUUUGCUAUAUAAAGAAU